AUGAGAGCUGCCGCCGUAGCACGGUUUCCUGCCUUUCAACGGGUACGCGCGCCGGCGAGUCAACCCCAGCAGGAGUGCCGCCGGCAGCCGUCAGGAGGGCAGAUGAGUUCGCAGGCUGGUUCACGGCGUGGGCGCCCUAAAACUGCAGCGGCUCAGCAUCAGCCUGCGCCCCCGAUCUGUCCUCGACUGCCUCAUGGCGCCAAGUGCGACAGUGGCGCAUCACCGCUGCUAAGCUUCACUAACGUAGGGAGGGAGUCUAUUGACAGUGCCGCAGAAGAAACGAGAGCCCCCGACCGAGGCAACCAUCGAACCCAAUCCCGCCAGAAAUGGUCUGCAGCGCUAGAUUCCUCAGUGCUGUUGAAACUGCCUUCCUUACCGACUAGGCUACUCCCUCUGUCGCGGCCGCAUCAGGCUCGUUCGGCGGCGUCUGCAAGCAACCAGGCAACCGGAGAAGAAGCUGCGGGGAGGCGGGACCUAGCGAAUCUCCUCCGGGGCACUCAGGGCGCCGGAAACAACUCAGGAGCUGACUCCGUUAGCAUAAGGGGCGGAGGACCCCCACCCGCGACACAGGCAGACGCUCUGGCGUGUUCCACAGCAACCACAGCCUCCACUCACUCACACAUCCAGUCAGAAACGACAUCAGAGAGACAGGAGAGGAACCAUGCAGGGAGCGUCGAGAGGACUACAGACCUCAGAAAGGGGGAAGACGCUCGAUCAUCUGCCGAGACCGCCUCCUACACUAACGACGCUGCAGGAAGGGCGAUACAAGAAGCUCGCGCUGCCGCUGCGAUCGCAGUUGCGGCUGCCCGCGCCACAAUCGAGGCGAGCAGUAUGGUGAAUUGGGGAACGUGGGGCUUGCUGCCGAGUCACGAACCACACCAGACGUCGCGUGCGCCAGCGGCACGUCUUCCAGUCUUUCUUCCGGCCUCAGCCCCGCAAGGCCUCCCCAGCGACGACUCCGCAGCCGGCUCUGCGCCGCCGCGCCAGAUCGGCCCACCUGGGGAAGCGGAAACUCUCCAAAACUCCCAGGCACGCCAGGGUCAACCGCAGGAGCGCCGAUAUGGCAGACGAGGGAGGCGCAUUCCGGCCAAAGGCAACACAAGUUGCCGAAGCUCAGGAAGCUGCUCAUGCGCGGACGUGAUAAGAGAUCCUCUCCAGCAGGACUAUGCGGCAAGCAGCCCUGUGGCGAGCCUCGACUGCAGAGUCCCUGUCCAGGCGCGAGACGAAGCUGUGCCUUUGCCGCAGACCUACACACGUUAUCUCCAGCACGAAGAGGACUCCCGCAGAACUUGGAGCGCACUGCCGGAGCCCAGAGGCGUCGUAGAGGACAGUGACGAAGCGAAAGACAGCGCUACGUCCUCAACUCCACGUCGGUACUCAGCUGCCGCGUCGACCCUCUGCAAGGCCCUCGCUGUCGCACAUGCGAGGGAGGGAUGCGGGGGGCCGACGACCUCGACAGACGUCGGCGAGCUCACAUGCGGAGGCGUCAACACGCUGCCGCGGCACGGUCCGGAGCACGGGGAGCCUUGCGAGGCUCUGAGUGGGCCCCGCACUGAAACUCGGGAACCAGACGCUGUGCCUGCACUGGAGCAGUGCCUCAGCGGCGCGGAGAGCGAGGAAAGAGUAAGACGCAGCUCUAAAGUCAAAAGGAGCGCCGACCGGGGGCAGGAGGCGACGCUUGUUCAUCCAGGCGGACGAACAGUCUCUCGUAUGCUUCCGGAGAGAAUCCGCGAAGACUCAAAGCUCUGCCCUGAGGCGGCUCGCAGCUUGAGAGGAAGCACGUGUGCGUGGAGAUCGAACUCGGGCGACGAAGCCCGACGGCUCAGCGCCUUGGGCUCCAGUGGACGCAGCCGAUGCGCCUUGAGAGAGUCUCCUGUGGAAGCAGGUCUUUCGCGCGCCGUUCAAUCGACGACUACACACGAGCCAACGGCUAAACAGGAACCACGCGCCGCUGCACGCUCGGCCGCUACAGAGUCUCUGCCGCGGUCAGCACUCGGGUUUCCAGACGCAGGCGACGCGGACGUCGCCCCGCUAGCCAUGUUAGCUCGAGAGAACCGGAGAGCAAACUUCCUAGGCGCGGCUGGAGACAGCCAGGGAACGCCAGGGGGAACUGCCCGGGGCUCCAAGAACGCGGGCUAUAGUUGCGGAGGCGGAGAGGAGAGACAGGAGGUGAACCAGCAGAGACAGAGUGCAAGGCUCACGCAGACGUGCGCGAAUGCCAGCGGCAGCCGUGAAUGCCCAGAAGACUGUGUGCGAGGACUUGUCGAGCGGAAGCGGGCUGUCGAAGAUGAAAGCCCUUCAACACAAGGCGGGAGACUUGAGGAAAAGCCUGGGGAGCCCCAGGAAGAACGCGCGCCAGCUCGACUGUCGGAAGGAGAGAAGCAGGAGCUAGCAAGCAGCAAGACAGGCUUUGACUGGCUUUCGAAGUUUCCUUUUCGUUCUGCUGUGCACUUCACUACCGACAUUUCAGCACGCAGGGGUGAUGACACAUGCGUCCACCGUCCUGAAGAGCCGCAUCCCCCCCCAGCCCCCUUCACGGCGGCCCAUGUUGCGCUCUGUCUCGGACUCCAGGCACCAGACGAGCGGCAGUGCCAGCUCUCCAUGGCGAAGCGGAUUGGCGACCUCGAGACGCAGCUGAAGAACGAAGUCUGCACUAAACUGAACUAUCGCGACUGCUUCCGCCGCCAGCUGAUGCUGCAGCAGGCGCUCCUUCGGCAGCAGCAGAAGCUGCUGCGUAUAGAGAGGGAAAAGUUGGAGCUGCAGAGAGCAGACGCCCUGUUGUUGUCUAGCGGGCCGCCGGAGGGGUGUCCACUGCAUGCAGUCGAUUCGGGAACAAAAGAGCAGGGCGGCUCACGAGUCGUCGACAGGAGGGAACGUCAGAGCGUGGAGAGAAGCCGGCACCACGAAGCACGCGAAGCCGCGGCGCACCCCGCGAUGUGCGUCGCGGGGAUGCCCCCUGGCACCCCGACAGCCCAUGCAGCAGCGCCGGCGCCAUCGAGGACGGGCCUCGUCGAGUACCCUGGCGACUUGCUCCAGAGAGAGACUCCCAGCACCGCAGCGGACGACGGCGCCGCGGCAUCGACGCCGGGGGUUCCCCGCCAUGCUCUUGACAGACUCCGAGGAUGCGCUCGCGACGAAGCAACGCGUCUGGCGUGCGCGCAGGCACUGCACGACGGCCUUGCCUUCUCAUCCGCUGCGGCUGCAGCGGGGGAGCGGCCCAACAAGGAGGAGGCCGCGGGGCAGGAUUUCGCACAGUUGCAGCCUUUCUGCGUUCCGCGUCUGCUGGAUGAGACUCAGUCUGCCGCGCAACUCGUGCUUCUGGGUCUGCCUGUGUCCAGGGAAGAUCCGUCUGCGGCGGCGGCGCCUGUGGGCGCUGGCGUCCUCCUUCUUGCUGUUCAGACGAGCAGAGCUCCAACUCCGACGGCGGAUCGACUGCCGGGGGGGACGCGACCUGGCUGCUUCGGCAGUCAGCGUGCGCAAGCGACUUCCGCCUCGCCUUCCCCGAGGGAGACUGCAAGCCCCCCUGCUUCGUCGGUCUGUGGGGAGCCAGCGGCCACAAGAGACGCGAACGCUGCCAAAGGCAGGAGGAGGAAGCGUUCAUGCCCCUCCAGCGCCCGCGUUCCCUCCGUGCUGGAAAGCAGACAGCCGCAAGGGAGCGCUGAGGUCAAGAGCCCGAGCCACUCGCCAGCGAUGCCCCAAGGCGAGGGACUUCCUACGUGUGGGCGCCCUCGAAUCUCCGGGCCCAGAAGUCCCCCCACGCAGAGCGAAUUGCCAAGAAUCUCGGCGCCUGAGCCGAAGUCUGCAGGAACGCCCAGCGUGACGGGGUCGACGGCCGCAGGCUGCCCCCCCUCGCUGGUCACGAGCCAAACACUCAGCGCCUCGGCACUGACCGAGGAGACCUUCCACAGUUCAGUCUUUCUCACGGACAGCGUAGACGUCGCAGUUUUUAACAGAGGCGACUUGCCUCACACGUCGCUGGCGGCUGCGUACCACCCUGAAGCUGCAGCCCGCGGUCCAGUCCCCUCAGGACCUUCCAGCAGCUCAAAUGCCGAAGUCCACCAAAGCUCUGCCCUAUCCUCGCUUUCCAGUCCGAGGAUACCUGGGCGCAUCUUCUGUAGAGACAGCCCACCCGGGAGCAUGGAGUGGGUACCUUCAGGGGCCCCAGGGGCUCCAGCAGGAAACCCCGCUUGCUCGGAGGUUUCCUCAUGCAAGCCUCGUGCCAGGAAGGCGUUCAGUCUCGCUGAGACGUGCAGUGAAAACGCUCAACUGUCACUUCGGCGGCCUCGCAGCUUGGAUGACGCCAAGGUCGCGAGAAGCAGGCUCGAAGAAGCUGCGGGUGAGGGCUAUCGCAAACGAUUUCUCAGGCAGAAGCAGAUGUGGGCGACGAUCCAACGAAGCGACAGAGAGACAGGGGUUGCCUCAAAAGGCACUGCGGAGGUCUGGAGAGCUUCGAGUCUGCUUCCGUCGAGUCUGCAGCCCCCCCAUCUCCGCCCCGGGGCAGCGCCCUGCAGAGGUGAUGCCGCCGUUCUCGCACAGAACCCAGUGAGCCGAGAAGCUCCAGGCAGUCUGUACGGUAGCCCUAGCGCCUUUGGAGAAGGCACCACGGAGCCACUUCUUGUCGCCUGUAGUCUGAGAAAGGCUGAGAGCCUGGGUGCGACUCGCAUCCAAGGAGGCGCGAAGCAGGAGCAGGAACAAAGAGACCGGACGGCAUUGCAGCAGCUGCGCGAGAGAGCAGAGAGAGUGGUGAAGUCGCUGGACGCAAGUUCGUCCUCGACGUUUUCGCGGGCAGUAAACCAGGCUUGCGCCUCGCAACCACUAAGCGCCAAGCCCCCGCCGCGUGUAACUUGCGCGGGGCCCCCGAGGGCAGACAAGUGCGGCGGGUCGACGACGAGCGUGCCUGGGAAGGAGCGCAACGGCAUUCGGGCUCCUGGGGGCCGCGCGGUAGUUGCGGCCGUGGCGCCAGACGCGGAUGCGGCGAAGCGCAGAGCCCUCGCCUCUCCGCGAAGUGCCCUCCCAAGGCUAUUCGCCCAGUCGACCAGCGAAACGGCUAGCCGCCCACGUGCGCCGUCAUUACGGACUCCAUCGCGGGGCCUGGACUGCCGCACGCGCGCCUCGGAACCAAGUAUUGCCGAGGGCAUACCGGCGAAAACAACCCGUGCAGCAACCGCACCCCCGGCAGAGAAAGCCUCCACCGAAAAUCGCAGAGAGAUUCGGCCUGGGCUGUAUACCGCUGAAACCGAGCUCGAAAGCAUCGCAAAGCCGCAGACGCUACCGCGGCUUAUUUUUAGACAAGACGCACCUUGCCGUAACGAUUGCUCAAAAAGUGCCUCUAGCCACCAACCUGGGAGCGUCAACGAAGCGCGCGUCCAAGGGGAAGCGACAGCCCUCGCGACACGGCAGCACGUCCCCCACCCCGGAGAAGAAAGCCCGUGCGGAUCUGCUGGCAGCCUUCCGCGAAGUCAUUUGAGAAAGACCCGAGUGACUGAGCCGAAUGGGCAGCUGCAGGCAAAGACUCACGUAAACUUCGCUCCUUGCGAAAAGCCAGAGAAGACAGGACUGGUCUGGAGAGCUGGGGAAGCAAACAGAGGUCAUUCCUGCCCUCCGACAGCAACGCAGAGAGGGCAGCAUCUUCCAAAACGAUCCACGGAUGGGUUUUUCUCGAUGCCCUCAGACGUGUUCGAAGGCGCAGCGGGCGGCGAACGGAAAACCUCCGAAAAGUCUCAAGACGCAGAACUUGACUUCGUGCCGCUUCAGCUCUCGCCGGUGUCGAAAGGGGACGGGGAGCCAGACAGGAGAACCCAGGCCUCCGUCGCGACCGUCGUGGGGAGGCCGCGCGCAGUCAAUCCACUUAGAACGGACGGGCAGCGCGGUGGAGUCGCUGAGGCGACUUCUUUGGUCCAUCUUCUUCAGCGGAAGAUUCACGAGCAACAGCUGCUUCGUGACGCCCUGCGUGGAGAACUCGCAGAUAUCCUCCACAGGCAGCAGCACCAGGCAGAAAAGCGACUCGAUCAGAUCAAAAACGAGACGGCGCCGCUUAGGCAUGGCAGGAAUGGAGACCCAACAGGUGUGCACAUUUGCACCCGCGGUGAUGACGCUUCCGACCCCACGCAGACGACGACUGCUCCAGUGGCGUCGAGGCGGUCGCUUUCUUUGCCAACCGAGACAGCCAAACCGAGCUCGGUUUUCGGUCUUCAUCGGACUCCGAUGCUGCAUGCGCCCUCUCUUCUCCGCGUGGGACCUUUCGAAAGAUCCGCCUUGCCGAGAGCGCCUGCCCACACGCCCACAGAGACAUAUCCUCGCGUGUUAGAAGAAUUUGAAAACCGAUAUCACUCAGCCCCACUAGAGGCAUGUACCCCUUAUUCUCAGCGAGAUGUGGGAGGCGCGACGCGCGGAGAAAUUUCCGCCAGAGAAGCACUGCAAGUUUCACCUAGUGGCGGACGCGAGCUUUGCGUGCCCGCGCGAGAGGUGCAGACAGAACCCGCAGUGGAAGACGCUGUUGUGCGGUCUGACAGCCGUUUACUUCUUGGCACGCAGCACGCCUCCAGCACGCUCAGCGGCCUCAAACACCACCACCACGCAGAGGAAACACAGAAAUCAGAGGCGCCUUGGGCGAUGCCGCCGCGCGCGCUUGCAGAGAGAGGCGAGUGCGUGGUCGCGAGGGACGCCGCCAGCCGAGACCUGCAGGUGCGCGAAGAGGCCUUGAGAGCCCUUUCCGCGCUGAAGGCGAGGCAGGGCGAGCUCCAGAGGCAGCUGCUGCGCACGGAGGACAGCGCGGCAGGCAGGGUGAGACCCCUGGUCUCCACUGCGCCCGCAGAGGUCCCUGAAGGGCGAGGCCCGUCCGAAGGGUUCAUGCAGCCGCGUGCCGGGUUCGGCCCUCGCAGUCGUUAA